AGCCAAGUUGCGGUGCCAAAGGGGGAAGGGUCUUAGGGUUGCAUGGAUGUGUAUGUGCAGGGGGCUGUUAUCACCUCCCUAUCAUGGUGUUGGAUGACAGCUUUUGCAGACAGAGGGGGAAUAAAACACAGAUGGAGAGAGCUCAACCGAGGACACGCUGUCUUCCAGUCUUCUUUCUGCAGACGAUAUCUAUUAUUCUUUUUCAUGCAUCACAUCAGCAACGUAUCUGUUGUCCUUUCUUCUACUUGACAGAGAUUUGUUGAAGCUUUCAUCGUUUUGCCUUUUCCUUAUGCAUGGAUACCUACUCGGUCCUCUACAGCUCUUCCCACCGAACCGGACUCCUCUCUGGCUUCCAACGUUUGCGGGAUCAGAAGAAGAUGUGUGACGUUGUCCUGGAAACAGGUGGUGUUUCCUUCCCGUGUCAUCGCACGCUAUUGGCCAGCUCCAGUGACUACUUCUGGGCUCUUUUUGGGGAGACGACUGCGGAGAGAUCGGCAGAGUCCGUCAACCUCUCGGCACUGACGCCUGAGGGUUUAGAAGCCAUUUUGGAUUUCUUGUACUCGGGGUGGUUGAGCAUUUCAUCCUCCACGCUUUCAGUUGUUGUGGAAGCAGCCCGGUACCUCCAGGUGGAGCCGGCCUUGUCGAUAUGCGAGCUAUUCAUGGUGGAUGGUUUAACCAUUAAGAACUGUUGCUACUAUGCUAAUCUCGCUGAGCAGCACUUCCUCCUGAAUGCACUUGAGGCUGCACAUCAAACCAUUGCUAAGAACAUGGCGGUCCUGCUAAAGGAAAGCAGGUCUGAUCUCUUUGCGUUGAACUUUUCAUCGCUGAUGACGGUGCUGGAUGUAGAUGAGAUACCUGGGGUAAAGGAGGUGGACCUAAUAAAUCUUUCUCUGGACUGGCUGGAUGAGAAUGGGCCCCUCCCACUCCUAAAAUCAAACCUACUCCUAAGUCGUCUACGCUUUGGAUUGGUGGCGCCUUCAGUCCUUUCUGACCUCAGCCAUGGAAACAGAGCCAUGGCCACCCCUCUGAUCAGAAGUCAGGUGACUCGGGCCCUUGAGUACCACCAAAUGGGUUCAGCUCAGCCAAUAGGGCAGAGCAAGCAGUCAACACUCAGAGGAUCGUCCAGUGUGCUGCUUGUUGGUGGUGGGGCGAGUGCUGACCUGCCAGAAGAGCAGGUGCUGGCGUUUAACCUCAGCAGCAGGACGUUUUCAUUGCCAGGCUUUGUUCUACCUCUGAGACUCAGAAAUCCCUGCGUCUGUUCGGUAGGAGGUUUUCUCUUUGUGAUCGGGGGUGAAGAAGGGAAACGUUGUGAUGAUGGGGAGAAAAAGUUUAUUGCCGUGUCAACGUCACGCCAGGUCUGGAGGUACGAUCCACGCUUCAACCACUGGGAGCAGAUGGAGUCCAUGCUGGAGAGGCGAGUGCAGUUCACCUGCUGUGUGGUGGAGGACGUCAUUUAUGCCAUUGGGGGAUGACACUCACAGCUGGACUCCAACACGUAUACUUCUGUAUCUUCAGUUGAGUAUUAUGACAUGUCUUCAGGGGGGUGGCGGAGAGGUGCAGCGAUGCCUUGCCCUCUUCAUGGCCACGCCUCCACUGUGCUUGACAAGAGCAUUUACGUGUCAGGUGGACUCCCGGCCCACCAGGGACAAAUCCAUGGGAGUAACCAGGAUGUAAACAGGGAAAUAAGUAGGGAUUGCUUAUCGUGGGAUCUUAAGGGCAAGAUCUGGGAAAAGAGGGCAUCUAUGUCAAUCCCAAGGUUUGGUCAUAGAUUGGCAACCGCCCACGGUUACAUUUACGCCCUGCUUGGGAUGUAUGAACCCUUUUGUGAUAUUGAACGAUACGAUCCACCGUCGAACCACUGGACCCGCCUCAAACCACUAGCAAACGGCUUGUUCAACUAUGGAAUGGUACCCAUGGCAUGUGGGAAUCUGCUGGUAUUUGGUGGGAGAAGGUGGAGCGAUGGACAGCAAGUGACUGUAAAGAGUGUGCUGGAGUACGACACAAAGAAAGAUCGCUGGAGAGAAAUUGCCCUACUUCCGAGACCUCUGACUGGCACUGAGUGCACUCUGCUGCCUCUGGCAGACUAGGACACCUAAUCUGAAGUUUACAUAAAACUAGUGCCUUCAGAGACACUUAAUGUUGAGUCAACACGUUCAAUUGUCAUGGAUAAAAUAAAAUAAAAAUCUCUUCUGCACUGCUGAAAGCUUCAAGGCCAGUAAUAGAAAAAUGUUGUUUGAGAAAUUUUAAAGGAGCUAUAAGUAAAUUAUUUACUGAAGAAUC